GGAAAGGGGGAGGAGGGGGGAGGAAGGAAAGGUAGUGAGUACGAACUACACCCUCUACACACUCACGCCUUUAUUAAGCCCCAUUGAAUGGUCUAAGCUUAAUAAAACAGAAAAUGGAAGAAAAGAAUAUUGAAAAGGAGCUUCCAAAUGGAUCUGAAUCAAAAUCAAAGAGUGGCAAGAAAAAAAAUCGUCAGAAGAAGGGACCAGUAGAAGUGAUAGAUGCAGACCAAGCAGCAGAGUUGAAUCUAGAAGAUGCAGAUGCCCAAGGAGCUCGCAGCUUUUCCUUUCAGGAUAUUCGAAAAGCUAUGGAGGUGUUAUCCUUUCAACAAAAACCAGCCAAGACAACAGAGGAAGCAUUACAGAAACAAUACAAAUUUUGGAGCACCCAGCCUGUGCCCAAAAUGGAUGAGAAGAUCCAAAAGAAUGAACCAAUUGAACCUGAUAGGCGUCUUGAUGAGAUUCGCCCAGAACCUUACUCGUUACCAGAUGGCUUUGUUUGGGAUACCUUGAAUCUUGAUGAGCCCUUGAUUCUUACUGAGCUGUACACACUUUUGAAUGAGAACUAUGUUGAAGAUGAUGAUUCAAUGUUCCGUUUUGACUAUCAGCAGGAGUUUUUAAAGUGGGCAUUGCAACCUCCUGGAUGGCUUAGAGAGUGGCAUGUCGGAGUGAGAGUAGAGAAGAGUGGUCGUCUUGUUGGCUUCAUUAGUGCUAUUCCCGCCACUCUUAGUAUCUACAAGCAUUCUCAAAAGAUGGUGGAGAUCAAUUUUCUCUGUGUUCACAAAAAGUUGAGGAGUAAGAGGGUUGCUCCUGUGCUUAUCCGAGAAAUAACAAGAAGAGUGAACCAAAAGGGUAUUUUUCAGGCUGUGUAUACUGCUGGUGUUGUUCUUCCCAAGCCUGUUGGCACCUGCAGGUACUGGCAUAGGUCACUCAAUCCCAAAAAAUUGAUUGAAGUCAAGUUUUCACAUCUUAGUAGAAAUAUGACAAUGCAACGGACUUUAAAGCUAUUCAAGCUUCCAGAAACCACCAAAACACCUGGGUUUAGAGUGAUGCGUCAAAGUGACAUUCCAGGAGCACACAAACUGCUCAUGGAUUAUCUGCGCCGAUUUGAUAUGGCACCUGUUUUCACGGAAGAAGAUUUUAGACACUGGUUUACACCUCAAGAUGGUAUAGUCGACAGUUUUGUUGUUGACAAUGGCAGAGAACUCACUGACUUUGUUAGUUUUUAUACCCUGCCAUCAACUGUCAUGCAUCACCCAGUGCAUAAGACUCUGAAAGCAGCAUACUCAUUCUAUAAUGUGUCUAAUAAAACUGGCUGGAUAGAUUUAAUGAAUGAUGCUUUGGUUGCUGCUAGGGAUAUGGGAUUUGACGUGUUUAAUGCCCUGGAUUUGAUGGAAAACAAAGAAUUUUUAGAACCACUCAAAUUUGGCAUAGGCGAUGGAAAUUUGCAGUACUACCUGUAUAACUGGCGCUGCCCAUCCAUGCCACCCAAUUUGAUUGGACUGGUUCUUCAAUAAGCAUUUUAUAAUGAAGACCUGCAGAGGUAAUUAUUCACAGCACUCAUUUUGUCACCCAUGUCACCAACCAAGGAGUCAUGUAACUCUUGAGCCUAAGCUUUUGAUCAUACAGUCUUGAAAUUGGGUGCAGUAAUCAGAAAACCGCCUAAAAGAUUGAGUGAUUUCUUGAUUUACCUUGAGUAGGUAGAUAAUGUUCUAAUUUUCAUUAAAUUCUGCAGUUUGUGGUCGUGAUCAUGUUGUUACUUCAUGAAAUGGCUUUAUAUAAAGCUAACUAAUUAAAUGUGUCAAGUAUGUGUACAAGUUGCAUGGCUUCGUAAUUGUAAAAUGGCUGUAUCUUUGUGUGUUUAUACUGGUCCUAUAAUUGGAUGUGAAGACUGUGCUGAUUAAAGCAUGAUUCAAUUUCACAUUGA